AUGAUUGGAGAAUCGAAGGAUGCAGCAAUACGAAGAUUUCAACAUUUGGAAAGGCGGUUGACGAAGGACUCCGAACUGAAGAAGCAGUACUGUGAAUUCAUGCAAGAGUAUCUAGAUCUGGAACAUAUGAAGCUCAUCGGCUCAGUGGACGGUUUACGGGAAGAGCAAAAACCAGUUUGUUACCUUCCUCAUCAUCCAGUUUUCAAGGAAUCAAGCUCAACAACAAAGGUGCGAGUCGUGUUCGAUGGUUCAGCAAAAACUUCUACGAAUUUUUCUCUCAAUGAUGCCCUUCUUACUGGACCGGUAAUACAGGAUGAUUUGCUAGAUCUAAUGAUACGCUUCCGCAAACACGCUGUCGCUUUGGUUGCCGACAUAGAAAAGAUGUAUCGGCAAAUACGCGUACAUUCAGAAGAUACACCAUUGCAGAGAAUUGUCUGGCGUUUCAACCCAUCAGAGCCGAUUCAGGUUUAUGAGCUUCUCACUGUCACCUACGGUCUUUCUCCAUCGUCGUUCCUGGCAACACGAGUGCUUAAGCAGUUGGCUUUGAACAGUGCGAGAAACCAAAAAUCAGUAUCUGUUGCAGUAGCGGAAGAUUUUUAUAUGGACGAUUUUCUAUCGGGAGCGGAAUCUAUUGAAGAUGCUAAGCGAUUGCGAUUCGGUGUACAAACACUUAUGGCGGAAGCAGGACUACAGCUUCGAAAAUGGAACUCAAAUAUCUCAGAAGCUUUGGAAAUUGCCCCGGAAGGACCCACCAUUCUACAUUUUGAAAAGGAACCGAAGGUGAAAACACUAGGAGUUGCCUGGGAGACUGGACCAGAUCAGUUUUGCUUCGACGUUCGCGAUAUCAAACAUGGCGAGCAAUGGACAAAGCGAAAGAUAUUUUCGGCGAUAGCUCAGUUAUACGAUCCUCUUGGACUUGUGUCACCUGUUAUAGCUUGGGCUAAGAUACACAUGCAGCAGCUUUGGUUAUCUUCCGUUGGUUGGGAUGAUCCAGUUACCGUUACUGUAAACGCUAGAUGGGAAGAGUUCUACGUUCAGUUACCUGAGUUGAGAUCGUUUAAGAUACCAAGAUGUUUGUUCCUAGCCAAACCAACGGAUACUCAGUUUCACGUUUUCUGCGAUGCCUCGGAACUGGCAUACGGAGCUUGUAUUUAUGCGCGUUCGACCAACAAGGAUGGCGAAAUCAAGGUUACGCUCAUAUCAUCAAAAUCUCGUGUAGCUCCACUCAAACGGCUUUCUCUACCUCGCUUGGAGUUGUGUGCUGCUCUUUUGGGGGCCAAACUAUACGCCCGGGUCUCAGCAGCAUUACGGAUGGAAGGAACUUCUUGCUGGUUUUGGUCAGAUUCCACCGUCACUCUACACUGGAUACAAGCACCAUCCAACACUUGGCAGACUUUCGUCGGAAAUCGCACUUCUGAAAUACAAAAUCUUACUCGAGGACAUAACUGGAACCACGUCAAAGGAGUCGAAAACCCGGCCGACUAUGUAUCUCGUGGAAUGCUACCAAGGAACUUCAUCGCAAAUAUGAUUUGGCUCGAAGGCCCAGCUUGGCUCCAAAAAUCGCAGGAAAAUUGGCCUGAACACCAUAAUCCAGAACCUCCGCCAGAAGAUAUUCUAGAGAGAAGAAAAACCGUACUAGUAGUUCAACAAAACUCGACCGUAGACUGUCUAUAUGAGAGAUAUUCGUCAUUUCUAAAGCUAGUACGUGUUACAGCCUAUAUACUACGCUUCGUAAACGCUUGUAAGAGUAAAUUUAAACAUCCAACUGAUAUAUUUGUCACAACACAAGAAAUGCAAGCAGCCAAAGAAGCAUUGGUCAAAGGUGUGCAGCAGCAAACGUUCCACGAAGAGUUGAAGGCGUUAAAAAACAAGCGACCACUUCCAUCACAUUCAGCAUUGAAAUAUCUUCGUCCAAUAAUUGAUACUAAUGGAAUCCUUCGUGUCGGUGGCCGGCUUCAACACUCCGAAGAAGUAUACCAAGCCAAGCACCCUAUGAUUCUCCCAAGUAAGCAUCCACUAUCUCGCCUCAUCGCACAGCAUUAUCACACCCUCACAUUGCAUUCAGGCCCUCGUAUGACAUUGGCAUCGAUUCGGCAAGAGUUCUGGCCGUUACGUGGUAAAGACUUGGUUAAUUUUGUGUGUCGUAAGUGUCUCAUAUGUUUUCGCCACCGCCCUGUCCCUGCUACUCAGCCCGUAGGUCAACUUCCCAAGACUCGUACUGUACCCAGUAGACCAUUCACGAUCACUGGAGUGGAUUAUUGCGGCCCAUUUUAUAUGAAACCAGUACAUCGCCGAGCAUCCCCGCAAAAAGCAUUCAUAGCUGUUUUUAUUUGCUUUGCUACUAAAGCCGUGCAUUUGGAGUUGGUCUGCAAUCUUUCCACAGACGCAUUUAUCGCCGCUUUACGUCGUUUCAUAGCACGUCGUGGUUUGCCUCAACAAAUUCAAUCCGAUAAUGGAACUAAUUUCAAGGGAGCAAAAAAUACUCUACUGGCACUGUAUCAUAUGCUCAACGAUAAACCUAGUCAUGAAAAAAUUGUCAAUGAAUGUGUCAAUAGAGGCAUUCAAUGGAAAUUCAUACCCCCUCGAGCACCCAAUUUCGGAGGGCUAUGGGAAGCAGCAGUAAAAACAGCAAAAACUUCGUUGAUCAAAACGAUCGGUCAAUGUAAACUAUCGUACGAAGAUUUCGUCACUCUAUUAACGCAGAUCGAGGCCAACAUGAACACUCGUCCACUUACUCCACUUUCGGAAGAUCCCUCUGAGCUCGACGUGUUAACUCCAGGACAUUUCCUUACGGGAUCAUCAUUGGGAGCAUUACCAGAUCCAGAUUACACUAAAAUACAACCCAAUCGAUUAAAACACUAUCAGCAAUUACAGCAGCUGAUUCAACAACAUUGGGUUCGAUGGAAAAAGGAGUAUUUGACCGAAAUAAACAGCCAACAUCAAAAAUCUUCAAAAUCGGUCCAAUUAGAAGUAGGCCAACUAGUUUUAGUGCGAGAUGAUAAUAUGUCAUCAAUCUCUUGGCCUCUUGCUCAAAUCAUCACCACUUAUCCUGGUCAAGACGGUCACUCAAGAGUGGUAACAGUGAAAACUGCAGCUGGUGUUUACACACGUCCAGUAUCCAAAAUUUAUCCACUUCCGAUGAACACCGACAUGCAGCAGCAACAAGAAGAUACUCAAGGGGUAGCAGCAUCCACUACAGAAGACACAAAUUGUUCCACUUAA